AUGUAUGGUACAAAAACUACUCGCUGUAUUCGCAAUAGGCAAGCUUUACCUUAUGGGGGCAUGCCUUCGUCUGCGUUAAAUAGGAAAAUGGAAGAAACUAAUACACUUCUUAUUGAUGCCAUUGCCCAAGUGAACGCUUUCCACGAUCAAGAAGAUUAUUAUACCGACUAUGCGCGAGGGCAGAUCGUUGAUCGGAAGUUAAAAGAAUCCUGGUUAGAAAGUGAUCUAUCACGUAAAGACCUUAUGCAUUUGCAAUCUGUCUUGAAUUUGCGAUAUCAUAGCUCUCGGGGUCAAGUUGCCAACCUAGUGCAUCAUCCCGAAUUAUCUUUAGGUUUUUUGGGAAAUGAUUCUCAAGGAAUGCAAAUGGGCCCCAAUCUUAAUCUUGCUCGAACACAAAUGCAAAGUCGAAGUUCUGGUUUAGUUCAAGCGAUGGGGGUUAAUGCUGACACUCAAGUUUCUGAAAGGCCAUGGUCAGAGCAAUCUAUAAAAAUUGGUCGAGAUAAACUGCACGGAAGACUUAAAGAUAAUACCUAUGUUUUUUCUACACAAAGAGAAGGGAAAAUUAAUGAAGUAGCCCCACCCAGUAAAACUAAUUAUGCAGGGCACACUAUAAUGCGAAAUCCUGAAGAGUGGCAAAAAAUACUUUCCGGUGGGAAUUAUUGUCCAUAUAAUGAGUUAAUUCGUAAGUAUACUAAUUCUGGCAAUAACGCGCUUUCUUAUGUGCCGUGGUGGCAUGUUAUGGGAGAAAUUAAAUUACCUGUACAAAAAUAUGAUAAGCAAUAUGGUAAUACAACUGGUUUACAUAUUACUCCCUCAAAAAACAAAAACAUAAUGUUGCAAAAGGCAGAUCAAUCGUGGAAUCUCCAGCAAGAUGCUAAUACAACUGGUUUACAUACUACUCCCUCAAAAAAUAGAAACAUAAUGUUACAGAAGUCAGAUCAAUCGUGGGGUCUUCAGCAGGAC